GAAUGUCAACAUUGUAAAUUAAGUUUUAAAGGUAAGGUAAAGUUCAGUAACGUCAGAAAUGGCCCAUAGAUAUUCUUCAGGAAGCAGGGAGAGCGUGUGCCUUCGUUGUAACUUGACAGUGUACCAGGUGGACAAGAUUGGACCACUUAAAGACUUCACUUUUUUCCACCAGAACUGUUUCAAAUGCUCCGUGUGUGGGACCAAGUUGACCUUGAGGACCUACUACAACAACCAACAAGACCAAGACGAUAAAGAAGUGUACUGUCAAAGCCACGUACCGAGAACUGGACCGGGACACUUAGAUGGAACAUCGGUGGGUAUAAAGGCUGCUUUAAAAGCUCCUAGACAAAAUUACAUCGUUAACGACCAAAUCAGAGGUUCAGGUAAAGGAACCUUUGACGCUGACGCUAUUGGAAUAAAAUCUGUCCUAAGUUCACCUCGAGUGCACGAGGCUGAUAGUCGGCAUAGACACCAUUCUGCCGGCACGUUCGACGCCAACGCUUUACAUAUAGCUCAUGGAAUCAAUGCCACCAAAGUUCAGAAGAGAUACGGGGUUGAACAGUGUGUCCGUAAACUGGACGAGUUUCUGGACGAAGACACACAGAAAGGUUUGGAAAUGAGACAUAGAGCUGAAGAAGACGCCCUCUAUCGGCAAUUUGCGAAAAAGAGAGCAGAAGAAGAAACGCAUAUUAACCAUGCAAUACAACAAGAAUGGGAAAAAGAGCUGGAAAAGCUGACAAGUCGCUUUCAAGUGGAACUGAGAACGAAGAAAAAGAAAAUUUCGAACGAAGAAGAAAAAGCGCUAACUCUCAAGCAGCAAAAGGAAAAACGAGACCUCGAGAAAAACAUGACAGUCAAACUUGACAGGAAGAAAGAAUCUAUGACGAGAAAGCUUCUGGAGCAGGAACGUGCAGCAACUGCUGACCUGGUGGACAAACACAGCAAAGAGAUGAUAAACCUUAUUAACCAAAAGCGAGUCGAACUGGAAAGGAGGGAGAGUCUGUACUCUGACAGAGAGAGCAACGUCACAGAGGAGUUAGUUCCGUACCCCACACACACUCCACCACCAAGUCCCCCUCAGCUUUCUAAAUCUGAUAUCUACAACGAUCCUGUGGUCUUUGCCGAAUUGGAUCAAGUUGCUAUAAACGUGGCGCAAGAGGAUCAGGUGACUUUCACAGAUUUGGUGAGACUUCUUAUUGGCCAGUGUGUCACUGAUGUAGAAAAAGCUAGAGCAAUUUUCCGAUGGAUUACCGUGAAGAAUUUGAAUACCAUGAUAUUUGACGAUGACAUUAAUGCCGAUACACCAAUGGCAAUCUUGCGUGGAAUCAAGCAUGGAACUGAGAGUUAUCACGUACUCUUCAAGCGACUAUGCAGCUAUGCUGGACUUCACUGCGUUGUAAUCAAAGGUUAUUCGAAGAGCGCUGGUUAUCAACCAGGUGUACUAUUUGAAGACAAUCGUUUCCGAAACUCCUGGAAUGCCGUAUACGUUGCUGGAGCAUGGCGUUUUGUGCAGUGUAACUGGGGUGCUCGGCAUCUGGUGAACGCUAAAGAAGUUCCCAAGCCAGGUAGCAAGAACAAAGAAGAUUCUUUACGAUACGAAUAUGACGACCAUUAUUUUCUUACGGAUCCCAAAGAGUUCAUUUAUGAAUUCUUCCCUCUUCAAACAGAGUGGCAGCUGUUAAAAAGACCAAUUAGCUUAAGAGAUUUUGAAACUCUUCCUUUCGUGCGGUCACUGUUCUUCCGAUAUGGUUUAUACAUGUCUGACGAAGAAACCAAGGCAGUAUUAUACACUGAUAGCAGUGGCGCCAUCACGGUUCGAAUUGGAAUGCCGUACCAUAUGUCAUCGAGUCUAAUAUUCCAUUACAAUUUAAAAUUCUUUGAUAGCGAUAUCACCACGUAUGAUGGUGUAAGCCUCAAGAGAUUUGUUAUGCAGUCCGUUGUAGACAACGUUGUAUCGUUCAGAGUACACGCUCCAUGCGGUGGUGCUUUUUUACUGGAUGUUUUUGCUAACGCUGUCACUCCUCAAGAGUAUCUUACUGGAGAACCAAUGAAAUUCAAGAGCGUUUGUAAGUUUAAAAUUGUCUGUGAAGAUCUUCAAACGGUAAUGGUCCCUUUACCAGACUGUGCUAGCGGAGAAUGGGGACCCAUGAAGGCAAUCAGAUUGUUUGGUCUUAUUCCUCUCACUCAUGACGACGCAUUGAUCUUUUCUGCCCGUGAUUUGGAGGUCCAGUUUCGAAUGUCGCGCCCUCUUACGGACUUUAUAGCAACUCUACAUAAAAAUGGGACGGAGGAGAAGACAUUAUCAAAAUACGUGUCUCAUGCAAUAGAUGGCGAGAUGGUCACCUUCUUUGUGACCUUUCCAGAGGAAGGACAAUAUGGCAUGGACAUUUACACGCGGGAGAUGACCUCUAGCUCUGCAACCUCUGAUAAACACUUGCUGACUCAUUGCUGUAAAUACCUGAUAAAUAGCAGGCGCUAAUAUUUAAUGAACAGUUUCAUCCCAGCUAGGAAAAAAGAAGAGAAGAAAAUAAAAAACAAGACAAUUUUCUUUUGGCAUACUCCAUCUAACUUGUUGUAAUGAGACUUCAACAAUAGACAAAACAAAAUUAUUACUUAUCCAAUGUUUAUAUGUAUUUUAAAAUCAGAUAAGAAUCAGGAUUUAUUAAAUUGACCUGUACACGAGUUCAGAUUUACAAUAUUUAGCUCUGAAAAUAUAUUUACCCCUUAUUUUGAAUUACUUUUGAUUACCAAUUAAUGUGACUUUACAUGUAUCUAAGAGAGAAAUUAUUAUAAUUGCUAAAAUGCUUGUUCUCAAUUAAUGCUUAAUUAAUUAAUUGUGUAAAUGAAUGCUCAAACUGAAAGAUAGCC